AUGGAACAUAAAAUUAGACUAGACAUCACAGCUAAAAAUAGUGGAUACUUUCCAUAUGAUUUCAUAAACCAAAGCUGUAACGGCAAUAACAAUCCUAAUCCUAACUUUAGCAGUUCUCAUCCAGAGUUUAUGCAUGCCCCUAUUUCUCAGGGCUUAAUCCAGAUUGUCUACGAAAAACCUCCUCAAUCUUAUGGCAAAAAUAUUGAGCCCGAAAACCCUAAUAUCGAGUUCACGAUCCCUAAUAUUCCUUUUUUAUGCAGGUCCAAAUCAGGAAGCAAAUGGGCACAGAAACUCAUUGUAAAUAGCCUGCCUGAACAAAUUGAUUGAUCAUUGAUGUCGUUUCUCCAUAUUUAG